ACCCACAAAGCAAAAAGAAAAAAAAUCCAAAAAGCCAAAAGCCAUCAUCUUCUUCUUCUUCUUCCCAAAAUGAAGGAGGAGCAAAAAUGGCCUCACUACUGGGGCACCACACCGGAGCAAGACUACUACGAUCAGCAGGGGAUCAAAUCCUCCAAAUCCUACUUCACCUCUCCCAGAGGCCUCAGGCUCUUCACCCGCCAAUGGCUUCCCAUCGUCUCUCCUCCACGUGGCCUCAUCUUCAUGGUCCACGGCUACGGCAACGACAUCAGCUGGACUUUUCAGGCCACCGCCAUCUUCCUCGCCCAGAACGGCUUCGCCUGCUUCGCUCUCGACCUCGAAUCCCACGGCCGCUCCCACGGCCUCCGAGCCUUCGUCCCGAACGUCGAUCUCGUCGUCCAAGACUGCCGCUUCUUCUUCAGUUUCGUCAAGCAAAACCCCCAAUACGAAACCCUACCGUCCUUCCUCUACGGCGAGUCGAUGGGCGGCGCGAUCUGUCUUCUGAUCCACUUCGCCGAUCCCGAAGCCUUCCACGGCGCGAUUCUGGUGGCGCCGAUGUGCAAAAUCGCCGACGCCGUCAAGCCCAAGUGGCCGAUCCCUCAGAUACUGACGUUCGUCGCCAAGUUUCUCCCCACACUGGCGGUUGUGCCCACCGGGGACUUGAUGGUCAAAUCGGUCAAGGUCGAGGACAAAAAGGUAAUUGCGGACAUGAAUCCCUCAAGGUACAGAGGGAGGCCCAGAUUGGGUACAGUUCUGGAGCUACUAAGAGUUACAGACCAUGUGAGCCGGAGACUCUGUGAUGUCAGCCUGCCGUUUCUUGUGCUACACGGCAGUGCCGACGUGGUGACCGAUCCUAAUGUGAGCAGAGCUUUGUAUGAAGAAGCAAAGAGUGAGGACAAGACGAUCAAGAUUUACGACGGGAUGAUGCAUUCCUUGUUGUUUGGGGAGACUGAUGAGAAUGUCGAAAUUGUUCGCGGCGACAUUCUGGCUUGGUUGGAUCAGAGGUGCAGAGCAAGAAAUUGAUUCAAAUUGGUACAAGUCUGAAAUUGUAUUUGAUUGAAUAUACUGAAUAAGAAGCAUUAUGUUGUUCUACACUUCUA